GCAAAACAAUAUCGACAUGGGAGGUAAUGGAGAAGAUACGCGCGCUUAUACUGCCGGACGAAUUCGAAUCCCUGAAAGUGGCCAAAAGCACUCUGGAAUUCAUUCGGCUGGAGGGCGACCUGCGGGACCGAUGCAGGUUGCCGAGGGUGUUGGCCAGGCUGGACCUGCAGCAAUUGAAUCUCGCCGGCUUUCCCAACGUCCUCAAGGUCCGGGCGGCCGAGACGAAGGAUGACUUCCCAACGAAACACAGCUGGAACUCCUAUUUCAGGGAUGCGAAACACAUGAACGAGUUGAAGGCCGGCGAGAGACCGGACACUAUCCACAUUACCGGUCUGCCAGUUAAAUGGUUCUCCGAGGAUAACGCAAGCGUACCGAGCGAGUCGCUAGUCACGAAGAUCUUUCAGAAAUGGGGCACGUUGAGGAGACUCGACGUGCCUGCCGCGGAUCGCUACAGAUCCAGAAUGCGGCUCGGUAAUAACAUUCAUAAGUUCAGUUACGAGGACGGCUUAUUUUUCGACGUGUACGUACAGUAUGUCGAAUAUAUGGAUUUUGUCAGAGCGAUGGACGCUCUGCGUGGUAUGAAACUGUUGAAGAAAGACGGCCAGAAUUCGUUGACGGCGACAAUAAAGGUUGAUUUUGACAAGACCAAACACAUGAGCGACAGUUCGGUAUCGCAUCGGGAAUUCGAGAGAAGGCGUUUAAUAGCGCAGGACAAUUUAGCGGCGGAGAAAAUUCGAAAAAGAGAAGAAGCAGAAAAGAAACGGCAAGAGGAAUUGAAAAAAAAGGAGGAGGCAGAUUCACUAGCAAAAGUAGAUCGACAACGAACGCGGGAAGAGAAACGAAAACGAAAGGCUCUCACGAAGUUUCGUAAGCAAGAAGAGGACAAGGUUUCAAUGAAGAUCGCUAGGGAAGAACAUAAGUUGAUAAAAGCUCAACGGCAGUUGGAAAGCAUACGAUUAUUAGAUGAACUGUUUGACAGAAUAAAGACGAAAGUGGAGAAGAAAGAGAUUAAGCUGGAUCAAAACAUCGCAAAAAAGAACGAAACAAAAAAUGAUCAAACAAGUGAAAAUGCUAAGAAAGUAGAUUCGGAAAAUGACAAAAAAAAUAAGGACAAGAAGAAGAAAACAAAGAAAGAUAAAAAGAAAAAGAAAAAGCAGAAGAAAACGCAGAAAAAACGGAAAAAAGGUGAUAAUUCCGGCUCAGGUAGCACAACCGAGGAAGAAUCAGAUAAAGAGACAAAUAAGAAAAAACUGAAGAGUGUCUUGAUAAAAAACGACGGUGCGACUUCGUCUAAAGAUGCUGUGCCAGCAAAUCUUCCUUAUGACUAUUCUGAUUCGAUAUCGAUGGACAGGAUACCAAUGUUGCCGUCAAUGGCGCCAUUCCAUACGUUGAGAAUGCCGAGGUAUGCGAGAUCACAGAUGAUGCGGUCGCCAAUGUCGGGAUAUUCGAUGUCGAUCCAUCAGCCCAUGUUACCUAUGGGUAGAGGUCGGGGACGAUACGAAAUGAACUAUGCGUUGGCAAAUCCUUAUUUAUAUAAUGGACAAUACUACGAGUAUUUUACACAUCUGGUCGAGCGGGACUCGAAGCAAAAAUCGAGGAUGCGUAACCGUAAUCGAAAACCGAUAAAUAGAUCUAUCUCAAGAACGAGGACCAAGUCAAAAUCCAGGAGCGUCUCCAGAUCGCGUAGUAGAAGACGCAGCAAUUCGCGCUCCAAGAGAAGGUCGAAAUCCAGAUCACGAUCGCACAGAUCGAGAUCGCGAUCGCGCAGAUCGAGAUCACGAUCACGCAGAUCGAGAUCACGAUCGCGCAGAUCGAGAUCGCGAUCGCAUCGUUCGAAAUCGCGCUCUAGAUCGCGCAACCGCCGGAAAUCGGCAAGUAGAUCGGUCUCGAAGAGGAGAACGAGAACAAGAACAAGAUCGAACUCUAAAACAAAGCGCAAGAAAUCAUCUAGAUCAAAGUCCAACUCCAGAACGCGUCGUUCUAGAUCCAAACGAAAAUCGCGAUCCAGAAGUCGCUCCAAGUCCCGCAACAAGAAUCGUUAUAGGAGCAAGCGUGGCGAGAGAUCGUCUUCCGUCAAAGUUACGCGGGCGAAAUCACGACCCACGUCACCCAGACGCAGAUCACGCAGUAGUUCUUGGUCUAUGCCAAAGUCGCCAGGUCGUAGAAGUUGCUCGUGGUCGAGAACUGCAACCGAAAAUAAUAUUAACGAGCAAGACGUGAGCAAGGAACCUGAAAAACCUGUUCAAGAAGAAGCAACAAAGGAAACGGAAAAAGAAGAAACGCAAAAGGAAGCGAAUUGAUAGGACUUAGCAUGAUUUUGUUGAAAUAUGUCAAGAAGAAAUUUUUUAAAGAUACUGCUAUAUAGGAAAUGAUCAAAUACAAACUUUUAGUAUGUUGCAAUAAUGCGAAUAUAUCUCUAAAUUCAUUGAGUGUAGAUAGAACUUCCUUCUUGUACAAAACAUGUAAAUAAUUACGUUGUAACGCAGUCUUUUCUGUAUAUUUUUAUAUUUGAACUAACUUUUGAACAAAUUUUUUAUUCUAUACAUUUACUUAGACGACAACAUUAAUUUGAAUGAAAACAAAAUUUCGAUGAUUUAAUCAAUGUAAACUGAAAUAAUCAAUAGUGACAUAUUAAAAUAUGUAAAAAGUAUCUUCUGAUGAAAAAAAAGUUCUGUUUAUUACUUAUCGCAUUGCGAUAAAAUUCAAAGAUUUUUUAAAAAUACUUUGGAACAGAAAAACAAACGGAUAUACUCAUUAUGUAAUUGUUUCAAAUAUUUUAGUUAUCUUUAUAUAUAUGGUACAAGGUAAUUCUAGUAACUAACUGGAUUAGUAAAAUGCAAUUGCAUUUUUUUUAAAUGGAAUUAUAUACUUUUUUUAACAUAAAUAGAUUUUUUUUCAUUAUUCUGUAUAAUAGAAUUAGGAAUCGGAAAGUCAAUACUUUGCUGGAUAUUACACAUUUUGUCAAAAUUAUUACAUCAAAUACACUACCAUGACAUUCUAAAUAUCUUCCAACAAAUUUUUUUAUAUUUUUCAUAACAUUGUCAUGUUGGUCACUAAUUGUAUUGUGACUAGAUAUUUGAUACAAAUCUAUAAAGAAAAAUUGUUUUAAAUCCGCAUUCCUCCACUUUAGCCUUGUUCACCUGAUUUGAAUCCCCUUGAUGUUUUCUUUAUAGAGGUAUUUAAAAGAUAACGUGUAUUCACAAAUUAGAAAAUGUGUUAGUCAAGCACUUAAUGUAAUAAAGUAAUUUUCUAAUAUAAAAUGUGUAAUAACUGACAAGUAUUAACCUUCCGAUUACCUUAUCUUAUUCUUUUAUAUAUAUAAUAAUAGAAAGAAUCGAUUUAUGUUAAAAAAGAGCAUGAUUCCAUUUUAAAAAAAGUGCGUUGCAUCUUGUAUACAUCACUGCAUUAUUCGAAAAAAUAUAAUCACGUAAUAGUAGAUCUGUCUCAUACUAAAUAAACAGUAAUAGCUUCUAUUUUACCAUGUUUUUCUAUCUUGACUUAAGAAAGAGCUAUAACCUGGUCCAGUUACUAGAAUCAUUCUGUAUAUAAAAAUUCUUGUUGGAUGUACUAGCCAGCUAUACUUCGUACUCUUAUUGAAAUUGCAACGAGAUAAAUUCGAGAGAAACGGAGUAAAACGUGUCUCUAGAGAAAUUAUAUCGAUACGGGAAGUGUUCAAUUCAACACACAUGAAAACCAAUGGCAUGCAUACAUAUAGACACAUUUAAAAAGACAAAUACAGUUUAUUACAAACA